AUGUGUGACGGGAUUGAGUCCAAAUCCGCCGAGUUCCUGCAUCGUCGCUGGGGGUCGGCGAAGCGAUCGAAAAAUCGCGUCAAGAAGGCCCAAGGCGAUGGAGAUGACGAGGAAAAGGCGUCAGCCAGGUCUUCAUCCGAUUUACAAGCUGAUCAGGAUACCAGAUCGUUGGAUGAUAGACUAUGCGCACCUACCGAGCGUAGAGCUAGGGUCUCCGGGUCCCUCACUAGCAUCCCGUCAGAGCCACAGCAACCGGCAGCCACAUUAACUUCCUCUACACCGGCACCAGCUGCCUCCAAUGACCCGCUCACCUGUGAACAAGGUCAACUUAUCGGUGCCGAACAGGUUAACGACGCGGGCAUCAAUACUCCAGUCGCGAUCACACUAUCAUCUGCAGCAGCAACUUACCAACUGGCUCAAUGGGACCUAGACACUGAAGCCCAGUUUCGCCUAAUUGCAGUAUCGUUAGGCAAAGGGUGCAAGGGGAAGUGGAAAUUAUUCCACAGUGAGUACCUUAAACGGUACCCUGGCUCCAAGUUGGGUCAAAAUGCUGUUCGUAUGCGUCUUCGUGAUCAACAAGUAGCGGCCAAAACAGUCCCGGCAGCUCCAACGUCAAUCGCCCCGUCGGAUGGACGACAAGAAGAGCAGGCAACAACAUCCUCAGCUCCAGCUUCAAACAAGCGUCCUCGGCCGUCGUGUGAUAGCUGUCGAAAAACGAAACGAAGAUGUGGACCAAACAGCGACAACCAGCACUGCGAACAACGUCAAGCAAGAGAAGGCCAGCAAAACAUCACAUCAUUUUUAAGUUGA